UCAUAUCACAAUUUACAACACAACACAACACAAGAAGUGACAAAUUGGAAAGUGAGAGAGAAAUGAACGCAACUCAACCCCUCGAUAUAUAUGAAAAAUAUCUUUAAUAUAUAAUCUCUAGUAAUAAUAACAAUAUAACAUAACAUAUAACAUGCUUCAAUUUCAAGAACAACUAGCAGCCAUGGCUGAACCACCUUCAAGCUCACCAACUCAAAACACCAUCACAACAACAACAACAACAAAUACAAAUAAUAAUACUAGUACUAAAUCAAGUUGGGGAACUUUAGAAGAACUCUUGCUAGCGUGCGCCGUUCAUCGAUACGGCACCAAUUCUUGGGACUCCAUUGCUAAAGAACUCCAAAACCGCACUACUUUCUCUCUCCUAACCCCUCACAUCUGUCAGCAGAAAUAUCGUGACAUCAAACGCCGUUUCUCCGACGAUCGAAACGCCGUCGUCGAAGAUCAAAACGCCGCCGUUCGUUGGCUCGAUGAGUUGCGCCGCCUCCGUGUCGCCGAACUCCGUCGCGACCUCCAACGCUACGAUCUCUCCAUCGUGUCGUUACAAUUGAAGGUGAAGAGAUUGAAGGAGGAGAAAGAAAAAGAGGAGAUCAAAGAAGAUCUAAACAAAACCGAGGAAAAUGAACCGGCGGAUGUAAAAGGACCGGUUGAACCGGAAGGAAACAAACCGGACCGGAUUAGUGAACCGGACCGGGUGAGUGAACCGGCGGAUGAGGAGGAUGACUCGUGCAACGGCAGUUCGAACUCAAAGGAAGAGCGGCGGGAGGGAAGGAGAGAGCGAGUUGACUCGGCCGAGUUGGUGGAAUCGGUGGCCGAGUCGAAGGAUGAGAGUGGAGGAGAGAGAGGGGUGAAAGAGAGCAGUGACGUGCAAAGCACGGCAAGCUUGUGGAGGAGCGAGAACAAUAACGAUAACAGUAACGAUAAGGAUAAUAAUAAUAAUAAUAUUAUUAAAAGGAGGAGAGAGAAAAAGAUCGGGUUAUUUUCCGGGAGUAGUAGCGGCGAUGAGAAUCAAUCUCCGGCGUUUAAAUCAAGUAAUGAGAGUAAAUCGCAGCCGUUGGUUGAGUUUCUUGAAAUUGUUCGGGCUCGUAAACUUGGCUUGUUUUUCGAGCGCCUUGAGUGUCAGGAAACUCCCAAGUACACUAGCUUAAUAAAACAGCAUAUAGAUCUAGGAGCAAUCCAGAGAAGGCUGGAAGAAGGCCAAUACGCAGAUUGUCAUACCAAAUUCUACCGUGACCUUAUGCUCCUCAUCAACAACACCAUUAUCUUCUUUCCCAAAAAUUCCCCAGAAUACAAAGCAGCACUCGAGCUCCGCCAACUGCUGAACAAACAAUACCAACCGCGCUUAUCUUCCAAGCCUGCCCAACCAGCACCCUUACCAAAGCCAACAAAGCCCGAACCAAAACAAGUUGAUCAAUCUGACCUCAAGCCGAAAUUAACCAUAAAUGGCCCAGUAAUUGCUUGUAGAAAACGGAGUUCAAUUGCAGGAAAAUCGUCAAGAGGAGUAAGUGAUAGAAAGGAGCGAGCAGUGGUGGCCCUAGAGGAUGAAAAACCAGCUAUUACUCUUGGGGAAAUGGUGAAGAAACGAACAAGAGAUCAGAGUUUUGGAUCAAGGAGCUCAUCGAGCAAGAACAAUAACAGCAACCCCAGUCCAAGCAAUACUGUUUCUGGCAAGGGUGAAAAUUCCGGGGCUAAGGCAGAUAAGAAAAAACCAACUCUUGGAAACUUGUCGAAUAAGAUGAAGCAGGGGUCAGGAUCAGGUAAAAGUUUGUUGUUGGAGUCAUUGAAGAGCUCGGAUAAGAGAAAGACCAGUAAUGAUGGCAAUGUUAAGAGUGAAAGGAGGAAAGAUGAAGGUUUACAAAAUGUGCUAGGUAGUAGUAAACUUGGUAAGGAAAAGGCAAAGGCGAAGGAGGAGAAAGAGAGUCUUGAGAAUAGGAGCAAUAGACGGCCACCAAAGAGGGCAGCAGCAAUUGCAGCUAUGGGUAAGAGGGGCCGUGAUGGUGGUGGAGAAGGAGACUCACAGUCAAAGAAACGACAGAGGAAAUAGGCAGAAGGGUUGAAAUGUAUGUAUAGUUCUGAAAAUCGGGCUAAUAUGAUUUGUUUUGUUAAUGUUUAGGUGAGUAGGUUUGAAGGGCAUGACCUGCUAAUUUAAGUUUCGAAUGUUCAACAUCAAAUCUGGAACAAAGGGCAUGCUUUUUUUUUUUUUUGUAACUGUACACUUGAUGUCACAUUGUACCCGCUAAUUUUUGUGAGCGGCGAAACACCGCCCUUGCCGGAAAAUAUUCACUGGACUAUUGGAUUCGUGAUACAUGGCUGGAAAAUGCAUCAGAAUCGGUAAUUUUCUUUUGAGAA